AUGUUUUCAAGACCUAUUCGUCGAGAACAACAAAUAUCCAAUGCAUUUGAUGAUUGCAUACGUCGAUGUAUUAAAAAUCAUCGUUGUCGACCAAUUCAACAACGAUCUACAAGACCAAAAAGGCGACAAAACAUAAAUGAAGAGCCCUUUCAUUAUCAACAAUAUAAAAUUUUACCUUAUCAAACAUCAUCAACAUCAUCACAUCAUUCAAAUCUAAUUGAAAAUUUACCAAUAUAUAAUACAUCGAUUGAACCAACUAAUAUUAUACUUCCAACAGAAACAAAAGUCAAUCCUCAUUUGACUAAUAUCAUUCAACAACCACAAAUAUCUAAUCAAUUAAAUAACUCUCAAAAUAUUUAUCUUCAACCAUCUCAAACAAUAACAAAUACCAAUUCAUAUACUCAAUAUCCACUACCAAUAUAUCAUUCAUGUGAUUCAUAUAUUAACAAUCAACAAUUAUCUUUUCCUUCUUCUUCUUCUUCUUCUAUACCAAUUGAUACAAUUGAAAAUGGAAGAGAAACACAUUAUUCUCAAUUACCUACAUUAAAUCAAUCAAAUAAUAUUUCGUAUUUAACACCAAUAGAUUCUUCAAAUAAUCAGACAUAUGCUUAUGACAAUUAUUUUCAACCAGAAAUAAGAGAAAAAUAUCAUGAAAACAUUUCUAACAAUCAUCAGAUUUAUCCACAACAAUCAUCAUUACAAUUCUAUGAACAAAAUCAACAGAAUUAUAUCGAACAAGCUAAUCUUAAUCAACCAUUUCUACUUCCACCAAUAAUUAAACAAAUUGAUAAACAAGAAGAGUAUACUCCGAAAUGUCAUUGUUCUACUUCGACAUGUCAUUGUUCUAGUUCAAGUAUAUCAUCUCCAACACCAACCAAUCAUUAUGUUGAUGACAAUUAUACAGAAAAUGAACAAUUAUGUGAUUUACCUAAAUGUGUUUCUCGAUGUUAUGAUAAAUUUAGACGUUUAUGGAUAAAAGAUCAACAAGAAAGAUAUGAAAAACAAUUUGAUGAUGUUAAACAACCAACUAGACAUAAUUAUAUUCAACAAAUUCAACGACCAAUAUCAAAAUAUGUUCAACCUAGUUUUCGAAAACAAAAAUCAUUAUCACUUCCUCAUUAUAUGCAACAACCAAGUCUACAGACAGAUAUUCGACAGAUCGGACAACCAAUAUCAACAUUAAAUAGAACACCUUUUAUUCAACAAAUAACAUCAACAAAUAUUUCAACAGAUCCAAAUGAACAACAAUUUAUCGAAUAUGGAUCACCAAUUAUAACUCAAACGCCUCAAUGUGUUCUUUCUUUAUCAAAAUCAGCACCUUUACCAUCUCAUUAUUCUAGUAAACCAAAUGAAAUAACAGUUCAUAAUCAACUUACACCUACUUCUCUUCAAUUGCAACAUUCACAACAUCUACCAAUCAUUCCACAAAAACCUUUUCAAAUCCAACAAUAUGAAAAUAUUUGUUAUCCAAAAUUCCAACAACCAUAUCAAAGACAAUAUAAAACAAAUAUUCCACGGCCAUUUAUCCAACAAAGAAAACCUCGAAAAAACGUUCUAUCCGAUCAAAGACGAUCACCAAUAACAAUAUCUAAAGUAGCGUCAGCUCCUUUAUAUAAUAAUAAUAAUCUAUGUCAAACAGCUCAACACCUUCCUUAUUUUGAUAAAAAAACCGGACUUUCUUUUCAACCUCCUCCUAUAUCAACCAAAUAUACUCAUUUGCCAAAUCAUCUUCGACCACAAUUAUCCUCUGGUGGAAUUCCACGAUCAAGUUUUCUUUCAACGCCACUACAAGCGCAACCACUCCCACCACAACUGCGACCACUCCCAUCACAAGCGCAACCACUCCCACCACAACUGCGACCACUCCCACCACAAGCGCAACCACUCCCACCACAACUGCGACCACUCCCACCACAAGCGCGAUCAUCACUACCGCCACCGCCACCAUCACCGCAACUAUUACCACCACGAGCACGAUCAUCACGACCACCGCCGUCGCAACUACUACCCCAACGAGCACGACCAUCACUAUCGGCACAACCACCACCACCACCGCGACAAUUUCCACCACGAGCACGAUUAUCACUACCAGUACGAGCAGGUGAUCAAAGAAAAGAAUGGUGUGGUAAAUGUUGCUGUGGACCAGAAAAAUCUCUGCUUAAAAAAGUUGUUUAUAAACAAAUCGAUGAUGAUAAACAACAUGAAAAAGAUUCGUUUAUUGAUUAUGGUUCAGUUUUUGAUAAACUGGAAACACGUAUCACUGUUCGAUGUGGAAAUGAUAUAAUGAAAGAAGGAGAUGAAAAAACAUUUACUUAUGAUAAAUAUAAUGAAAAAUUGCGUAUUAUUGAUAUUCCUGUUGGUCUAUCGGGAAAAAGUGAUGAUAGUGACAGCAAUUCUAAUGAAAAUUUGCGUAUUAUUGAUUUUCCUGUUGGUCUAUCAGGAAAAGCUAAUAAGAGUAACAUUAAUUAUACGAUAUAA